AUGCGGACAUUUAUUAUCGCCCUUCUUGCUCUGUCGAUAGGGGCUUCAGCUACUCCAUCCAGGCGAGGGGAUUCCGGGUUACCAAAAGCUCAUGUCAAGAACGGAACAUACGAAGGGGUGUACUCACCUGGGUACCACCAAGAUUUCUUUCUAGGAGUUCCAUUCGUGCAGCCGCCUGUGGAUAACCUCAGAUUCCAGUUACCGCAGUCCUUGAACACAACUUGGGAGGGUAGUAGGGGUGCAAAAGAUUACUCCCUCCUUUGCGUUGGAUAUGGGCUCGACCAAACAUUCUACAACCAAUCCGAGGACUGUCUCUAUCUGAAUGUUGUUCGCCCCGCUGGUUUCGAGCAGAAGCAGCUUCCAGUAGGUUUCUGGAUCCACGGUGGAGGUUUUGUCAAUGGUGGUGCCGGUGACCAGCGUUACAAUCUUUCAUUUAUUGUGGAGCAGUCGGUCAAAAUAGGAAAGCCUAUUAUUGGUGUCUCAAUCAACUAUCGACUUAGUGCGUGGGGAUUCCUCCAUUCUAAUGAAGUCGUGGGAGAAGGCAUCACAAACCUGGGUCUGAGAGAUCAGCGCAUUGCUCUGCACUGGGUUCAGGAGAACAUUGCCGCCUUUGGAGGAGACCCUAGAAAGGUAACGAUAUUUGGCGAAUCUGCCGGCGCUGCCUCCGUUGGCUUCCAACUUACUGCCUACGGCGGUCGUGAUGACAAGCUCUUCCGUGCAGCGAUAUUGCAGUCAGGAAAUCCAAUUUAUUAUGGAGAGCAAAAUGGAACACAGAGCUCCCAAACCUACUUCGAAUCUGUUGUGUCAGAAGUUGGAUGUUACGGCGCUUGGGACAGGGUCCAAUGCCUGCGCGAGGUCCCUUUCUUGAAACUGAAUGCUACGGUAGGCAAUUAUAGCGGAACUGGGACUUUUGCACCUACAAUAGACGGUGACUUUGUCCAAAACUAUGGCAGCCAGCAACUUAAGGAAGGGCAAUUCGUCAAAGUGCCUAUCAUUACUGGUGCAAACAGCGACGAAGGCGCCUCCCUGGGCCCGACAGGAAUCAACAAUACCGAGGACUUUAAAGCUACAUUAUCCAGAUUUCUACCUCCUUCAUUCCAAGAUGCCAUCCUCGAGGCAUACCCAGACGAUCUAUCCGUCAACGUCGUUGCCAGCCUAGGCGACCAGCGCCCAGCACCAUCCUACGGUGCGCAGUUCCGUCGAAGCGCAUCAUUCUGGGGCGACUACUACUUCAUCGCGUCGAGACGAGAGACGGCCCGGACAUGGGCCUCCCACGGACUCCCCGCAUAUGCCUACAGAUUCAAUGCCAUACCCGCCGGUGUUCCUCCCGAGGUCGGGGUUGGCCACUUCAAAGAAGUCGGCUUCGUGUUCAACAGCCUCGAGGGUGUAGGCUACAGACCAGACAUCCUACCGUUCGAGGGCAAGGGCCAGAGCUAUAUUGACCUUGCCGGUUUGAUGAGUUCUUCCUGGGCAAGCUUUAUAUAUGACCUAGACCCUAAUUACUAUAAAGGACGGGAUAGCAAGAUUCCUAACUGGCCGAAAUAUGACGUGGAGGACCCGCAGGACUUUGUUUUUGAUGCUAAUGUGACUAGCCAUGCGGAGCAGGAUACGUUUCGGGAGGAGGGAAUUGCGUUGAUUAAUGAUAAUGCGCUUGGUGUUUUGCAUAGAUAG